AUGAAUAUUGUUUCACUUCAAACACGAUUCAGGAAGAAACUCCCUUACGCCACCCAACUUUUUCAAGCUCUACCACACCCUAGACCUUUCUCUUCUCAAAAAUUCAGACGCACAGCACACACCAAACGUUUAGACAAGGCACUCAGAAUUCUAGACAUUAUAGCCCCCAGAACAACCACCCAAACAGACCACCAGAACCAUCUUCGUGUCAUUCAGGGCUUUUUACAAACACAUUCAAAGAGAACGAGUGAACAACGCUUAAGCAACGGUUUCAUUUCUCCAAACUCAGAUGAUGGAGUCUCCAAUGUGUUUGACGAAAUUCUUAAAGCUUCUUUCCUAAACGAUGAAGAAGAUUCUAAUACAAGGAGCUUGAGUUUCGAUGCGAGUGUUUUGUCGAAUGCUGUGAGUUAUUGCGCGUCCACGGGUGAUCUUCGCAGUGGUAUUCAGUAUCAUUGCGUGGCAAUAAGUAGUGGCUUUAUCGCCAAUGCUUAUGUAGGAAGCUCUUUAAUUACUUUCUACGGUAAAUGCGGUGACUUGGAGAAUGCUUACAAAGUGUUUCAAGAAAUGCCUGUGAGAAAUGUGGUCUCAUGGACAGCCAUCAUUUCUGGGUUUGCACAGGAAUGGAAAGUUGAUAUGUGCUUAGAGCUAUAUUCUUUAAUGAGAAAUUCAACAUUGAAACCCAACGAUUUCACAUUCAUAAGUCUUUUGAGUGCAUGCACCGGUAGUGGAGCUCUUGGGCAAGGUAGAAGUGCUCAUUGUCAAAUAAUUCAAAUGGGGUUUUAUUCAUAUUUGCAUAUAGCCAAUGCUCUUAUAUCAAUGUACUGCAAGUCUGGGAAUGUUGAAGAUGCAUUGUACAUAUUUGAGAACUUAGGUGGUAAAGAUAUCGUGUCAUGGAAUUCUAUGAUUGGUGGCUAUGCUCAACAUGGGUUGGCAGUGCAGGGGAUUGGGCUUUUUGAAAGAAUGAAGAAUCAGGGGCUGAAACCUGAUGCCAUUACUUAUCUUGGUGUUUUAUCUUCAUGUCGACAUUCAGGUUUUGUUGAAGGAGGAAGGAAUUACUUCAAUUCAAUGCUUAAAUAUGGUGUGAAGCCAGAACUAGAUCAUUAUUCAUGUAUAGUUGAUCUUCUUGGCCGUGCUGGAUUACUAGACGAGGCUCGAGAUUUUAUUGAAAGGAUGCCUAUAGCUCCCAAUGCUGUUAUAUGGGGUUCUCUACUAUCUUCCUGCAGGCUUCAUGGGAGCGUUUGGAUUGGCAUACAAGCUGCAGAGAACAGGCUGUUGCUGGAACCAGGGUGCGCUGCUACCCAUGUGCAGUUGGCGAAUUUGUAUGCUAGCAUGGGAUUCUGGGAUCAGGCAGCUCAAGUGAGAAAAUUGAUGAAGGAUAGAAGGCUCAAAACGAAUGCUGGCUGCAGCUGGAUUGAAAUCAAGAAUGAGGUUUAUAGAUUUAGAACAGAAGACUGGUCAAACACUAGAGUAAGUGAAAUUCUUGAUGCUUUGGAUUGGCUGGUAGAUCACAUGAUAACUUCAGGAUGCGCACCUGAAAUGCAAGAGGUCAGUGAAGAUAUACACUAG